AUGGAGGCUCUCAAACAGACAUUUAAGCGUUGCAAGGCAGAGAAGAGGGCUGCCUUGGUGACAUAUGUCACUGCCGGUUAUCCCAAACCCGAGGACACUCCUGAUGUCUUAGUAGGAAUGCAAAGAGGUGGCGCCGAUGUGAUCGAGCUCGGUGUACCCUUCACAGACCCUAUUGCCGACGGCCCAACGAUUCAGACCGCGAACACUGUCGCCCUCGAAAAUGGUGUCACCAUUAAGUCUACUCUCGACAUGAUUAGCGAGGCCAGGUCUAAGGGUUUGACUGCCCCAGUUUUGCUAAUGGGCUACUACAAUCCUUUACUCAGCUACGGCGAGGACGCUUUACUACGGGAUUGUCAAGCGGCCGGUGUCAAUGGCUUUAUUGUAUGCGAUCUUCCUCCUGAGGAGGCCGUAUCCUUCCGAAAACUAUGCAGCAGGGGAGGCUUAUCCUAUGUGCCCCUAAUUGCGCCCGCAACGUCUGACACCCGUAUGCGAAUCCUCUGUGCCCUGGCCGAUUCUUUUAUAUAUGUCGUAUCCCGCAUGGGCGUGACAGGUGCCCUAGGUACUCUCAAUGCCAACUUGCCCAGCUUGCUUGAGCGAGUUAAGAAGUAUAGUGGCGACAAGCCUGCCGCUGUCGGAUUUGGCGUAUCGACACGAGAACAUUUCCAAUCUGUCGCCUCCAUUGCCGAUGGCGUCGUCAUAGGUUCACAGAUCAUCACGACUUUAAAGAAGGCUGAGGAGGGCAACGGUGCUAAAGCUGUUGAGGAAUACUGUGCCUACGUAAGUGGACGGGACUCUGAUGAGACAACCCGAGAAGUCGGCGUAAUUGAGGCCCUCAGUGCGGCUAAAGAGCCUAGCGGUGAGGACGUAACGGUCAAUGGCGUAAUAACAGAGCACGACGAUGCCGCGUUAGUAGCUCAACUUGCUGCGCUUCAUGGCAAAAUACCUGAGCGAUUUGGUGAGUUUGGCGGCCAAUACGUGCCAGAGUCGCUCAUGGACUGCUUAUCCGAGUUGGAAGAGGGCUUCAAUGCCAUCAAGGACGACCCUAAGUUCUGGGAGGAAUACAGAUCCUACUACCCUUGGAUGGGCAGGCCCGGCCAGCUACACUUGGCCGAACGGCUUACGGAACACGCUGGAGGCGCUAACAUCUGGCUAAAGCGGGAAGAUCUAAACCAUACCGGAUCUCAUAAGAUCAAUAACGCUUUAGGGCAGCUUCUACUAGCGAGGCGGUUAGGGAAAAAGAAGAUUAUCGCCGAGACUGGUGCCGGACAGCACGGUGUCGCAACUGCUACAGUCUGCGCCAAGUUUGGCAUGGAAUGCACAGUCUUUAUGGGUGCCGAAGAUGUCCGUCGUCAAGCAUUGAACGUAUUCCGAAUGCGGCUGCUCGGUGCCAAAGUUGUCGCCGUCGAAGCUGGUAGCAAGACUCUACGAGACGCCGUCAACGAGGCACUCCGCUACUGGGUCGUCCACCUUGAGGAUACCCACUACAUCAUCGGAUCAGCUAUUGGUCCUCACCCCUUCCCUACCAUAGUCAGAACUUUCCAGUCAGUCAUUGGCAACGAGACAAAGGCACAAAUGCUUGAAAAGAAGGGCAAAUUACCCGAUGCCGUUGUGGCUUGCGUUGGCGGAGGCAGCAACGCCGUUGGCAUGUUCUAUCCCUUUUCUAACGAUCCUAGCGUUAAGCUUCUAGGCGUCGAAGCUGGUGGUGACGGCGUGAACACUACCCGGCACUCGGCUACGUUGACCGGAGGUACCAAGGGUGUCCUACACGGCGUUAGAACGUACGUGUUGCAAAACGAGUUCGGACAAAUCUCAAACACACACUCAGUCUCGGCUGGUCUAGACUACCCGGGUGUUGGUCCCGAACUAUCGUCCUGGAAAGAUUCGGAGAGGGCUAAAUUUAUCGCCGCUACCGACGCCGAAGCAUUUAUCGGGUUCAGACUUAUGAGUCAGCUAGAAGGUAUUAUACCCGCACUCGAGUCAGCCCACGGCAUUUACGGAGCUAUCGAGCUGGCCAAGACGAUGAAGAAAGACGAGGAUGUGGUCAUAUGUCUUAGCGGAAGGGGUGACAAGGAUGUACAGAGUGUCGCGGAAGAGCUGCCCAAGCUAGGCCCCCAGAUCGGAUGGGAUUUGCGUUUCUAA